AUGAAGAAAAUCCUCAUCGAUAGAGGGAGCUCGGUCAAUGUUCUGUUCUAUGAUACAUUCAAACGAAUGGAACUCAACGACGAACAGCUGUUAUCUUCGUAUCAUACUAUCUACGGGUUCAAUGGGGCAGCCACGAAGCCACUUGGAGACAUUGUCUUGCAAGUGGACGUAGGGCCAAUGAAAGUCGAUACACGAUUUAGUGUGGUAGAUGCACCAUCACCCUACAACGCCAUAAUUGGCCGAAGAUGGGUGCACAAGCUCAAAGGAGUGGCAGCUACUUAUCACCAAUACCUCAGGUUUCCUACUCCCGAAGGGAUAAUGGAAAUAAAAGGAUAUCAAGUCACUGCACGAGAAUGCCAAGCUUUACAGAACCAUCUCAACAACGAGCAAGACGAGCAGCAAAAAUCCCGAAGAUCUCGAAACAAAGAAGUCGUGAAGGGAAAAGCCAUCAAUACUUAUCUAGAGGAGAUCUCUGGGAGGAUCCUUUCGAAGGAAAAUGUCAUUGAAAAUACGGAGGCAAAUACUUUAAAUACAGAAGCUGUGGAGCCUACAAAAUAG